AAAUGAGGUUGAGGAGCCGCCAACCAAAGAGGACUGCUGCAAUAGUGGCUGCACCCCUUGUGUUUUUGACAUCUACCAGAAAAGAAUGGAAGAGAAGAAGAAGAAGAGGAGAGAUAAAGGAGAAGACCAAUGUAGACACGACCUUCUUUCUCAGACCACAUUUAAGCCUUUUAUAGUUUUGGAGAAAAGUGACUUCGGUGAGUGUUGUUGUAGACUAACUUUCCAGCCAGUUUGCGAAAAAUUGACUUGUUGCAAGUGAAACAAAAGGAUUUCAAUAACAUCAAAUUGGAGGGACUUGGGGAAAGAGAUUCGAUAGUAGAAAUAGGACGAAAUGAGUAUAAGGACAUUGAUUUAGAGAAGAAUGAGAGGACAGAUUCCAUAGUGGAAAUAGGUCAUCCCAAAAACAUUCAUUUAAAGAGUAGAAGUCUAACAGAUUUAAUAGUAGAAAUAGAACAAAAUGAUUCUAAAAACGUGACAUUAGGGGAAAACAAGGUAACAUAUUCCACAGGGGAAAUGGGACAAAGUGGUUCUUGGAGCAUCAAUUUAGAGGAAAAUUUGGGAACAAAUUUACUAGAUAGAAUAGAACAAAAUGAUUCUGAGAAUAAUGAUUCAGAGGACACUAGUAGAAAAAAAUUAAUCGUAGAAAUACAACAAAAUAAUUCUGAAAACGUUACUACAGAGGAUGAAAAUGAGAGAGAUUUGGGAACAAAUUUACUAGUGGGAAUAGAACGAAGUGAUGUUAAGAACAUUAAUUUAGAGGAAAAUUUGAGUACGGAUUUAGAAGUGGAAAUCCAACAAAAGGAUUUAGUAAAUGUUACUACAGAGGAUGAAAGAGAAAUAGAUGUUCAUGAAAUGGAUGUAAAUGUUGACUUGAAAAUCAUGUCAAAAGGGGAGGCAAAUGUUAAAAUUGAUUUAGAUGAUCCAAAGGAUUCAAAAGAUAUGGAUUUUGAAAGGGAAGAUGACUGUACCAGUAAGCUAUUAGGGGAAGAAAACGCAAAAAAAGGCAAAGAAAAACGAAUUGGUGAUCUUUCAGGGGAAGAAAAUGUUGAGAUAAUCAAAGAACAGAAAAUUGAUGGAUAUUUACCAUACAAGCCUGGUCAACAUUUAACUAUGAAAUCAUGGAGGAUGGAAAAGUCUGAGGAUGAAAAAAACAUUGAAGAUAUCCGCCAAUAUGCAAGAGAAGCCAGUAUUGGGAUGAAAACCGCAACUCACAUUAGCAGAAACCAAAACUCUGAUAAAUAUUUGAUGACAGAAGAAGAAUUUGUGGGAUCAGAAAAAUCUGAUUCCAUCACCAGGACUGAAGCCACAAAUUUUGUUAACAAAAACGAGGAUUUUACCUCAUAUUCAAAUUCAAAAGAAGAAAUUAUGGAGUCAGAAGAAUAUAAUUUGAAUGCAACGAUUGAAACCCCAUAUUUAAUCAACCGAAACAAGAAUUUACCCCCAUAUUCAAUAUCAAAAGAAAAAAUCAUGGGAACCAAAAAGCCGAAUUUUAUCACCAGGGAUUACACACCCAUAACCCUUGCUGAAAGUUCCUCAAAUUGUUGUUUCCAGAUAAUCAUCAAAUACUAUGAAGAUGGAGAAAUGUCCAGAUAUUUGAAAUCUUUGAAACCUGGGGAUAUAACCUACUUCAGGGGACCUUAUGGGGAUUUCCAGUACCUAAAAAACCACAAGCAUAUAUUGGCUAUUUGUAUGGGCACUGGUUUGGCCCCAAUUUACCCAAUUUUCAAAUCUAUCUUAAACGAUGAAACUGAUGAAACCUUCUUAAAACUUCUCUAUGGUAGCAAAGAUCCCCAAAGUAUCAUUCUAAGAGACGAACUUAGGGACAUGGCAAAGUUUUGGAAUUUUGGGGCCGAAAUGUUUUUGACUGAGGGCAAAGUUGAGGGGGAAAAAUUCGGGGAGAAUUUCAGGGCAGGGAGGAUUGGGGAAAAAUGUGUGUACGAAAAUUUGAAACCCAAACAGUUGGUUUUGGUGUGCGGGAGUGAAAUUUUUACUCAAGAAAUUGUUAGAUAUUUGUCUGAGUUUGAUAGGUGGAGAGUUGAGUAUUUUGUUUUUUGA